AUGUCCCAUGCGGAAGCGAUAGCGAAUCUGUUUGCCUACGCAUCAUCUCGUCCAUCACUGCUUCGCAUCGAUAUAGAAGUAGAACCUAUUUGUUUAUUCAGAAUGAUCCACACUGAGCUGAGAGAAUUCGCUUUCGCAGUGCUUUCGGAAUCUACCUGUCUUUCCCUCGAAGAACGAGCUGAACUGGAAAAGAACUACGCCAAAAGUUUGCGCAGUUGGAGUAAGAAGUGGGAGGACCACUUCGACCGUGGUUUGGAAUACGGAACGACGAAAGAAGCCUUGAAGGGCACCAGCGGAGAAGCCAACCGACUCGCUGACCUGCACUUGUGCGUUCGCGAAAGAAUUCUAGAAGAGUUGUGCCCGAAAAUGCGUAACUGGCAAAAGGACAAUUACCACAAGUCGAUGAUGCAAUUGAAGGAGAAAAAGGAGAUGGACGAUCGUUUCCGGAAAGAACAGAAACCUUGGGAGAAGCUGUACAACAAAGUGAACAAAGCUCGUUCAGAUUACCACAAUGCUCGCAAAAAUGAGCGAACUGCGCUAAAUAACCAACUGAAUGCGAGCAGAGCUGACCCAACGACUCCCGACGCUGUGAGUUUGGAAUACGGAACGACGAAAGAAGCCUUGAAGGGCACCAGCGGAGAAGCCAACCGACUCGCUGACCUGCACUUGUGCGUUCGCGAAAGAAUUCUAGAAGAGUUGUGCCCGAAAAUGCGUAACUGGCAAAAGGACAAUUACCACAAGUCGAUGAUGCAAUUGAAGGAGAAAAAGGAGAUGGACGAUCGUUUUCGGAAAGAACAGAAACCUUGGGAGAAGCUGUACAACAAAGUGAACAAAGCUCGUUCAGAUUACCACAAUGCUCGCAAAAAUGAGCGAACUGCGCUAAAUAACCAACUGAAUGCGAGCAGAGCUGACCCAACGACUCCCGACGCUGUGAGUUGA